CUUGCUAACCUUGCCACAUCAAAGGUCUCCGAUGCCAGCUCCGAGAAAUUUUUCAGCACAGCUGCAGUUAAAGUUCCAGAUUUUGGCAUCCAUGUGCUCUCCACCAAUGGCAGCCAGGAGCCUCACGGCCCAGGCCUCCUCAAGGUGUCAGGCCUAGAGCGCAGUCAGGAGAGGAGCCAGGACACCUGCAGGGACCCUCAGCCCCCUGCACCCAGCACCCCCAGUCAGCCUCUGCCUCCCCAACCCCUCCCCGUGCCCCAGUCGCAACCCCAGCCGUCCGUCCCUCAGCCCCCGUCCCCUCAUCGGACCCAGACAAACGGCCCCGCCCAGGCUCCGGCCUCCACACACCUGCCCCCACGCUCAGAGGCUCUCCCCAGGCCUCAGACGCCCGCAGCCCUGCCUCUCGCCCAGGGCCAAGAGCCCUCGCGCCCCCCCCCCCGGCCCCAGCACCAGCCUGAACUGCUGUCCCAUCCCCGGCCUCCGCCGACACCCAGCCUCCACCCGCACCCGCCAUCGCCGCCCUCCCGACCCAUCCCUCACCAACAGCACCCCAGUCAGGCAGGGCCGCACCGGCCCCCGUCACGCUGCCACCCCCGGCCACUUUCUGCCUACAACGGCCUCAACCUCAACGGUCACAGCAGCAGGAGCAGCACCCCAGGCACCAAGCCCCACGGGCCCCCUGCUCCCUCUCUGCACCUCCCACACCCGCCUCCUCCUGCGGCAGCAGCAGCAGCCUCCACCUUCCCGCUGCCCUUGGCGGCGAACCAGAGCACCCCCCACAGCUUCCCCCCUGCCUUGCAGUCCUCGCCGCACCCACAUCACCCCAAUAUGUUCGCUCCUCCAGCGGCCUUGCCUCCACCACCACCACUUACGUCUAGCACCCUGCCAGUACCCGGACAUCCCGCUGCUGGGAGUGCCUACUCAGAGCAAGACCUUCUGCGUCAGGAGCUCAACACCCGUUUCCUGGCCUCCCAGAGCGCCGACCGUGGUGCCUCGCUGGGCCCGCCGCCCUACCUGCGUACAGAGUUCCACCAGCACCAGCAUCAGCACCAGCACCAGCAUCAGCACCAACACACCCACCAGCACACCCACCAGCACACCUUCACGCCCUUCCCCCACGCCAUCAUGCCCACCCCAGCACCGCCCAUGGUGCGUACCCCUGCCAGAAAUUUUGAAAAAUAUCCAACAAAAGUUGACCCCUUCUACAGACACAGUCUGUUCCACUCCUACCCACCGGCCAUGUCUGGCCUUCCACCCGUCAUACCCCCGACCGGGCCCUUCGGCUCGCUGCAGGGCGCCUUUCAGCCCAAGACCUCGAAUCCACUCGAUGUGUCCUCAAGACCUGGAGGCGUCCCACAUACGUUCUUACAGAAGGACCCCAGGCUAACGGAUCCAUUUCGGCCUGUUCUCAGGAAACCAGGGAAGUGGUGUGCCAUGCAUGUUCAUAUCGCCUGGCAGAUAUACCACCACCAACAAAAAGUAAAGUCAGCCAUUGAUGGAUUCCUACUGUCUCUUCCCCUUUCAGGUCCCACGCAUCCAUCAGGAGGUCCUUUUGGUCAUCCGCCCCACCAUCCUGGAAACUUCCUCACCCCAGCGUCUCAUUUAGAACCUUUCAGUCGGCCUGCAUCAUUUGGAGGACUGGGAUCCCUCAGUUCAUCAGCCUUUGGGGGACUGGGCAAUCCAGCACUAACGGCCAACUCAGUGUUCGGCCAUAAAGAUGGCCCCAACGCACAGCAGCACUUCAACAGCAGCAGUAACAGCAGCCACCAGGAGCCGUGGAACCGCCUGCACCGCACACCGCCCUCCUUCCCCACACCGCCACCCUGGCUGAAACCCGGAGACUCUGAGAGGAGCACAUCGGCCAGCUCGCACGAGAGGGACCGAGACUCUGAGAAGCGGGACUCGCUGGUCAGUAAAGACGACAAAGACAGGGACUCUGUAGAAAAGCGUCAUCCGAGCCAUCCGUCCCCAAUCCCCGUCAAUCCCAUCAGCCUUCUGGGCCACACCAGACCUCCAGAGCACCACAGGAACCACCUGCCCCCUUCUUCUGGAGAACCCCAGAGGGACAAGGAGAACAAGGCCAAAGACAGGGAGAGGGAGCACUCCGACUCUUGGAAAGACAACGGCACAGAUGACCAUAAGCUCAAAGACAACCAGCACAGCGACAAAGACACGCCCAUCAUCCACGACGGCCGAGUUUCAGAGGACAAAGUGUCCAACAGGGGGACACCGUCACCCUACAUACGGCAAACCAGCCUAGAACGUCCCAAUGGCGGGUUGAGCCGGGAGGCCCUGGAGAAGAAGAUAGAUCUGCCGUACGAGCACCAGAAGAAGAACAGUGAGGUCAAAGUGAAGGAGGAGCGAAAGGAGGAGCAGGACGGAGCCGCAGAGAGGGCAAGCGAGCACCCGACGCAGGCUCCCUCCACGCCAAAUCUCCACCCUCCCUCCUCCAUGCCUCUGCCCAUGAGCAUGGCAGGCGUUCACUCCAUCAACAGCAUCAGCAGUUUGGAGAGGACUCGAGUGGUGGCGCCCUUCAUGGGCAUCAGCCCCAUCCCGGGAGCCGACAGGUUCCCUUACCCUGCCUUCCACUGGGACCCGAUGAGGGACCCCUACAGGGGCCUGGACAUUCACAGACGGGACCCGUUGGCGAGGGACCUGCUGCUGAGGAACGACCCUCUGCACCGGCUGGCAGCGCCGCGCCUCUACGAGGCUGAGCGCUCCUACAGGGACCGUGAGCCUCAUGACUUUAACCGCGACCACGUGCACCCUCUGGCGCUGGAGCAGAGGAGGGAGCAGGAGCGCGCACAUCUGGAGGAGCGCGACCGCCUCAACAUGCUCAGAGAGGACUACGAACACGGGCGCCUACACCCGGCAAUGCACCACCCUGCCCUUGACGGACACCUCCCACACCCGGCCCCGGGCCUCAUGGCGCCCGGGCUCCCGGGCAUGCACUACUCAAGGGUCAGUCCCUCAGCUGCGGCGGCGGCCGCAGCAGCUGCCGCCGCCGCAGCCACCGCCCAUCAGAACGGUAUCCUGAACAAAACGCCACCCACCGCCUCUCUGAGUGCCCCGCCCCCGCUCAUCCCCACGCUGGGCCCCCGCCCCGGCUCACCCAGACGGACUACUCCCCUGGCCACAGAUAUCAGAGACAGACCGGCUCACAAAGACAUCGAGGCACGGUGAGCUGAGCCUCAGUGCCCCCGCAGCGCCGUGCCUCACUAACACUGAACUCACACCCAGCACUUAGCUUUGGGCAAAGCCAGACUGUAACAUAGCUGUGAAUAACUUAUGUGGGCGCAGACGUUCCCGCAAAAUGAAUUGUUUUUGUAUAAAACUAAAAAGAGACAUUAAUCAUGGAACAAAAAAAUCAACAACAAAUUUUCAAAGAUUUUUUUCGGGUUUGCUCCAGCUUUUUGUGUGCGUUCUUUCUCUUGUAUUAAAGCGACGCGGAGUCAGACUGAACAAUUUUUGGAAUGUACAGGUACUUUAGCACUGACGGACAGCAAAGUGUGUAGAUAACGUGUACAGUCGCUGUGCUCACUCUGUAUGGAUUAAAAAUCAUGGUACAAAUAUGCAAAAGGGUGUUUUGAAAGCUUUACUUUGAACACAUGUAAAUAGAGGAGUAUUACAGCAGUGAUUCAGAAUGUGCUUUUUGCUUUUUUCUUUUUUCGUUUUCUCGGUUGACGCAGCUGAUUAGCAUUGUACCAGAGACCCCAUAUUUCAACUAUGCAACAAAAUGUCUGGGCUCCCUUUCUGAAAGCUGGCCUUCUCACCACUACUGACUGUGUGACAAUGAAAGGACGAACAGCUGUAUUCUCUCCACAACUCAGACACUCACUCAGUGCGUUUACAGGGUGUCAAAAACGUCAAAUUACUGCGUCAGUCCGACUAAAACUGGACUUUUAAAAUACAUGUAAACAUGCUGGUCCAACUGAAAUCAUACUAAGCUGAAUUUCUCUAAAUUGGACAAAGACAGCCAGAUAAUUCAGCUGUUAACGGAGCGACUCCUUCAUUACUGGCAAUUAUAAUAAUAACAAUAGGGACCGUUCGUUAUUUAUGAGGGGGGAAAGGGUGCUGCUAAAUGGGUAAGGCACUGAAAAAAAAAAGCACUGUUUUCUAUUUUGACUUGAGGGUGAGGGACACACAAUUUUAAAUGGUGUAUUUCUGGUGUUUGUUAUUUAUCUUCUCUAAUAAAUAAAGUACACAGGGUUCCUGCAGAUUAAUGCUAAGUAGAUUUUUUUAAUGUCUCAUCAGUUUUUAAUAGCCAAAAUUAAAGGACACUUUUUUGGGCCAAAUUUUUAGUUACAUUAAACACGACUUGUUUUCGUUCAGUGAAGAAGUUAAAUUAUCUACAUCUAAAAGUGGAACACAUGGAAGGCAAUGGACAAAAUAAAAGUAUUAAUUUGGUUCACGAACAGAGGUGGGAAAUAUAGAACAUUUUUGGCUGUUUUUUGGGGGAAUUUCGUUUUUCUCAAUCAGCACACGAGAUUCUACUGCGUGGAUUCCCAUCAUGACAAAUUCAAGAAAAUUAUUAUUAUUGUUAUUAAAUUAUUUAACACAAAAAAGGUAGAAAUUAUUUUCAUGUUUUACAAUGCAACGUAAAAAAAAUUAAACUCAAAAGUAAACUCCAUCUUACCAUUUCCGAGCAUUUUAAGACUUUUGAAAGAUUGAUUUAAGUCAAUUAAACACCAAAUAAAGCCUUAUUUUCAAAUUAAUGAAUUCAAUGCUUUUUAAGACUUUUUGAGGAUCUACAGGAACCCUGGUACAGUCCCUUAGGGUCAGAUUUAGGUCAGAGUGUAGAUGGGGCGUAUUUUAGCCACCUAAAAAAAAAAUAAAUUAAUAUCAGUGUAAGAGUACACUAUAUUUGAGUAUUUGUUCCUCUUAAACGUACACAAUAGCUGAUGGAGGCAGCGUUAGUGGAUAAAAUGACGUUUGUUUUUCAAUAAAGUCCGGUAUUUUUGAUAUAAUGGCUUAAAGUCUGCGUCGGUAAGGGCUUCGUAACUGCAAGGUAAAGCGGUGAAAACACUACGUACAUCGUGUAAACUUAAACUGAAAUUUUCUUUUAGGUGGCUUAAAAAUAAUCAGUUAAUGCAGAGUUUGCUCAGCGUUAUUUGAUUAGACGUAUUCUAUCCGAAACUUACUGUAAAUAAACACUGUGAUUUGGUCUAUAGCGGGGGGCCACGUACAGCCCAAUAUUAUGUCAAACAGGCCAAAACCAGUAAAACCAUCAGAUAUUUUACAGUUUAACAA